GGGAUGAACAGGUGACCUGCAAACGGAGAGGAAACCAGAGCUCAGACACGACUCACUUUUACACCCUGUUCACCAUGAAUUGAGCAGUAAUCUGUUCCCUCUGCUUCUGAGGACCAGCCUGGGCUUUGAAAUCACCUUGGGGAUUUUUAAGAGACUCUUUCGUUGACUUUCAAGAACAUCUCUGAAGAACACAACUCGGACCCAUGUGCAGCCUGAAUUCGUUCCUGGAGCGGGUGACCUUCGUUUCAGGUUUAAUCUGCCAAACCUGAUUAGUUAUAAACCCCUCUGAGGGACAGCAACUCUGAAGAGCAGGGUGGGAAACAUUACUGCACGUCCACAUCUCAACAACAUUGCUGGGGAUCUGGGGACGAUGUAACUGUGAAGCCUCUUUGGGUUGACCUGCAACACGGGGCUGAUUAAUAAUAUAACCAGACGGAGUGGCUGGUGGGAUUUAUGAAGCGGUAAAGGAGCGGCCGAUGCGGUGAACAUGAGGUGGCUGAGCGCCUGUGCUGUGCUGGUGGUUGCAACCCAAUUUCUACCCGUGAGCCCCUGCCUGGAUGGGAAGUACCUGCUCAACGUGAUCCUCAUGGAGGACGAGGGGUCUCCCUGGAGCCUGUCCUACGUGAAAGGGCCGGUGCUCCGUGCCGUCGAUACGGAUGCCCAGCUCAACCUGGAAGCAGGAAUAGACCGCAACCUGACAAUCAACUUCAACGGGUUUAAAACCAAUCUCUACCGGCGCAAGGGCUGUGCCAGCAGUACCUGUGAAGGAGUAGAGAAGCUCAAGGAGCUGACUAGUAAAAAUGAAGUGGGCUGUGCCCUAUUGGGACCGACCUGCACAUACGCCACCUUCCAGAUGGUGGACCUGGAAAUCGGACUGACCCUCAGCAUGCCGAUCAUCUCGGCGGGGAGUUUCGGCCUCUCCUGUGACUACAAGGAGAACCUGACCCGCCUUCUGCCCCCGGCACGGAAGGUCUCCAGCUUCUUCAUUCACUUCUGGAACUAUUCGCACGAUGGGCUGAAGUCCACUUGGGAGACGGCCUACGUCUACAAGAAGCCCGAGAACUCCGAGGACUGCUUCUGGUACAUCAAUGCUCUUGAGGCGUCUUCUGCUCUUUUCGCGUCCACGAUCCAACGGGAGGUACUGCGGCAAGAAGAGGAUCUCCGUGAAAAGCUGAACUCCACAAACAGGAAAAGCAACUUGUUCAUCAUCUGCGGGACCCCGGACGACAUUGUCCGUCUGAAAAACGGAUCGGAGCAGAAUCCCAACAUCGUCUUCAUUCUCAUCGACCUUUACAACACUGGGUAUUAUACCAACACAUCGUCUAUACCUGCCAUGAGCAAUGUGCUCGUGCUCACGAUGCCCAACAUGAGGAACUACACCCUGGACUCCAGCUUCAACAGCAAUAACACUGAGGAGAUAACUAAUGACUAUCUGGCUGCGUACCAUGAUGCGGUUCUGCUUUUCGGCCAGGUGAUGAGGAAGCUGUGGAGCGCUACGCCGCUGACCGAACAGAAACGCUUUGUGGACAUCCGGUACUUCAGGAACAUCUCCUUCAGUGACAACACAGCAGGCGGAACCUAUGUACUGGACCGGCACGGGGAUCGAGAUGUGAAUUUUUCCAUCCUCUACACUACCAAGGACAAUCAGUACCAACAGCUGUUUGCAUUCAACACAGCAAAGAACAAGACCUACGUCAUCGCCCAGAACCCCACUUUGUCCUGGGCUGGUAACCGCCUGCCAGACGACAGUCCCAAAGAGAAGACUGAUCUGCUACAGGACCGUGACAUCAUCGUUAUCAUCCUGGGUGUCACAGUGGUGGUGGUGGCUGCCAUCGCACUUAUCUUCUACAGACAGAACAGGAAGGGCCGCCAGAUCCAGAAGCGAUGGUCCCACAUCGUCCCAGACCUGAUUUCUCCGUUGGACGCCAGUGAAAGAAGCCUUGUCUCUCUGAAGAUUGACGAAGAUCACAGAAAGGACAAGAACGACUUCAUUCGCCGCGGCCGCUAUGACAAAAAGAUUGUGAUCCUCAAGGAGCUGAAGAACACGGACGGCUACUUCAACGAGAAACAGAGAAUCGAGCUCAACGCGCUCCUGCAGAUUGACUAUUACAACCUGACCAAGUUUUAUGGCACGGUCAAGUUUGAGCAAGGUGUGUUCGGAGUGUUCGAGUACUGCGAGAGAGGGUCCCUCAGGUAUGUGCUGAAUGAUAAGAUCUCGUACCCGGAAGAAACGUUCAUGGACUGGGAGUUCAAGAUUUCGGUCAUGUAUGACAUUGCCAAGGGCAUGUCCUACCUCCACUCCAGCAACAUCGAGGUCCACGGCCGCCUCAAGUCCACCAACUGUGUGGUGGACAACCGCAUGGUGGUCAAGAUCACCGACUUUGGCUGCAACACCAUCCUCAACCCGGGAAAAGACCUGUGGACGGCCCCAGAGCACCUGCGGAAGGAGGGCAUCUCCCAGAAGGGCGAUGUCUACAGCUUUGCCAUCAUUGCCCAAGAGAUUGUGCUCCGCAAGUGUCCCUUCUACACAGAGACCUGUUCGGAUGAAGCGGAAAAGCUGUACAGAGUAGAGUUUCCCAACUGUAUUUCGGUCUUCAGACCAGAUCUAAACUUUGAGACGGCUGCUGAGCGAGAUCUGGAGGUGUACAUGCUUAUUAAAAGCUGCUGGGAUGAGGACCCAGAAAGAAGGCCCGACUUCAAGAGGAUUGAAGCCUCUCUGGGAAAGAUAUUCAGCAACCUGCACAACCAGGCCAACGAGAGCUACAUGGACAACCUGAUCCGGCGGCUGCAGAUGUACUCCCGCAACCUGGAGCACUUGGUGGAGGAGAGGACAGCACUGUACAAGGCAGAGAGGGACCGUGCUGACCGCCUCAACUUCAUGCUGCUGCCCGGUCCUGUGGUGCGCUCUCUGAAAGAGACAGGGCGCGUGGAGCCCGAACUCUUUGAGGAGGUGACCAUCUACUUCAGCGACAUUGUAGGCUUCACCACGCUCUGCCAGUACAGCACGCCCAUGGAGGUGGUAGACAUGCUCAACGACAUCUACAAGAACUUCGAUAGCAUUCUGGACAACCAUGACGUGUACAAGGUGGAGACAAUCGGUGACGCCUACAUGGUGGUGUCAGGGCUGCCACGCAGGAAUGGGAACCGGCACGCGGUGGACAUCUGUCGCAUGGCGCUUGACAUCCUGGCCUUUAUGGGCACCUUCGAGCUGCAACACAUGCCAGGCCUGCCUGUCUGGAUACGAAUCGGGGUCCAUUCAGGUCCAUGUGCAGCUGGAGUUGUAGGAAUCAAGAUGCCGCGGUACUGCCUUUUUGGAGACACUGUAAAUACGGCAUCUCGGAUGGAGUCCACAGGCCAGCCCCUUCGUAUCCACGUGAGUCAGCCAACCAUCGAGAUCCUUCAGAGGACCGACUGCAAAUUUGAGUAUGAGAAGAGAGGGGAAACCUACUUGAAGGGCAAAGGCACGGAGACGACAUACUGGCUAACCGGUGUAACUGGGGAGAAAUACAACUUGCCUACACCUCCGACAGCGGAGAACUUCCAGCGCCUGCAGCAGGACUUGGCUGAGAUGAUUCUCUCCUGCCUGGAGAAACGCUCACUGGAGACAGACGGCAAAGAGAUGAGGAAGACGCUCUCCACCAGGCAGAAGAAGAGGGAGAGCGACGAAAGCCAGGGCGACUACCAGCCAGAGUACUUGCACCUGGCCACUGUGGACAUUGACGCCAUGUACCUGUAGGGUGCCGCGACAGCCAAACAGCAGACGACCCUGGUGGACUUUGGGCAUACGCUGUCUGGAAGGAACAUUGACCUUUCAGAAGAUGAACACAGCCCACGGAGGUCAAAGUGUCUUCAGUUGUGUUAACACAACUAGUCGUAAGCGAAGAACGGCUGGAUACACGGCACCAGGGGACAGUGCGAGUCCAUUCGGGCACUACCUGUAUACCAGGAACUGCACACGAGAGUGGGAGCAAAGCAUCACAGAAGUGUCUCGCAUCUCUGGAACUUGCGGCAGGAGAGCUGGGAAAACGCGUUGUCUCAUUUCCUCAUCUAACUUGGUAACAGCAUCUCACGAAAUAUCACCAUGUUCCAUCAACAGAUGCUCACUUUUAAUUGGGGCUCUAUUCAAGCUUCAAACCCGUUUCUUAUGGAUAACUGCACUUUACAAAGUUUCAAAUCUAUACAUAUAUAUUAUGUAAUAUUAGCAUUCAUUAGAUGUCGAUAUACAUACAUUUCAUCCUUUCUUCACAUUAAUUAAUGCUUCCACUUGAUCUUUGUAUGGAAGACAAACCUAUUGGGUCAUUCAGCUCGGCUACACCACAUCAUACUAGGAAUGUAUUUAUUGUUCAUAUUCCGAUAAUUUAUUUCACUUAUGUCUUUGUGUCAUUGUAAUCUCAGAAAAUGUGUACACUUUGUUAGGUGUUCUCAUUUAAAUGCAGCAAAUUUGAUAAAAGUAUUACAUUAACUGUAUUUCUCAGAAAACCGAAAUU